CUCCUCGGCGUUCCCCACGGGUCCCGCCAUCACCCGCCUCCUCCGCCUCCCUAAGACCCACCAGCCUCACCUUCGACCACUGGCCAGCCGUCUGCGCCUGCGUACUCCCGCGCGGGCUGUACCUCCCAAGUGUCUCCGCGGCUCGGUGUUUCAGGCCGUGGGCUCCGCGCGCGCGCGCACGCGCGCCUUCUCGACAUACGGGCUUUUCCGCCCUUGAACUACAUUUCCCACAGCCCCUGUGCAGCUUUUGGAAAAGAACUUUGAUUCCUGGGUUCUCUCUGGUUAUCGCCCGAAACCCUGAAAGUCGUCGCGUUCCGAGUGGCAACCGUCGCGCACGGACACACUCAGUCGGUGUAGCAUAUACAUCCUCUCCCUCUCGAUCAAACUCACCCUCGGCCACUCGCACCUUCGGACACAUCUCCCACAGCCACCUUACAGACGAAGGCCGGAUCCCUCCGCAUCGGACAACAAUUCCCUCAAACCACAGCACGUGCGCGUCCACCUUGAGAGGCAGGGGCAGCCACGGUGCCAGGCUUGGGGAAAUCCGCCCUCAGAGGAAUCCGAGGACCCGGAUUCAGACCCAAUAUUCGGGUCUGAGCCUUCGAAAGAGGGAGGUGGUAGCGUCACUCCAGGCCCGAUGAAACUGCGCAGGUGCAUCCCGAAACCCGGCAGGAGAUUUACCACUUUCAACUCCCCGGCGCUUUCCUUUUGGACUACGUUUCCCAGAGGACACAGCGGUUCAAAGCUAUUUCCGGUAGGAACGUUGGCUGACUGGUCGGCCGCAGAGGCAGGUGAGGGCUUUUUACUCGACCAGCGGAGUGUGCAAGGCUAGGCGUGCGGCCUCACCUGGAAUGCAAAUCAGAAUUUGGACCAGAGCCCUUCCUGAGGAUGCUGAAGCAAUAUUUUCUUUGGACUGUGAGUUUCUUCUAAAGUGGAACUAAGAAGAGGACUAAUACAUUGAAUUCUAAAAAAAAAAACCAUGGCCCAUGGGAUGGUGAUGUUCAAAGAUGUGGCUAUAGAUGUCUCUCAGGAGGAAUGGGAAUGCCUGAACCCUACACAGAGGAAUUUGUACAAAGAUGUGAUGUUGGAGAACUAUAGCAAUUUGGUUUCACUGGGACUUUCUAUAUCUAAGCCGGCUGUGAUCUCUUCAUUAGAGCAAGGGAAGGAGCCCUGGAUGGUUGUGAGGGAAGUGACAGGAGGACGGUGCCCAGCAGCAUUAUACACAAGAGCCAAAGGGUGGAAGCAACCUAGGUGUCCAUCAACAGACUUGGUGUCCAGGUGUGAGGCCAAGAAGUUAUCUCCAAAAAGAGACAUUUAUGAGACAGAGACAUCCCGAUGGGCUAUCGUGGAACAAUUUAAAAGUCAUAAUCCUGAGAAGUCCAUUUUCAGAGAUAUUUGGGAAUGCAGUAGUCAGUUGGAGAUACAACAGGAACAGGAGGGCUAUUUCAGGCAAUUUGUUAUCAACCAUGAACACAUGCCUAUAUUUAACCAACAUACUUUACUCACUCAGGAAUUUUAUAAUAGAGAGAAAAAUGUUGAGUGUAAAGAAUGUAGAAAAAUCUUCAGUUACUAUUUAUUUUUUAGUCAUCACAAAAGAACUCAUUCUAAAGAAAAACUUUUUGAAUGUAAGGAAUGUGCAGAAACUGUUAAUACAUCAUAUCUUACUAAACAGAAAAUUCAAAAUAGUAGCAAGUGCAAUGAAUGGAAGGAAUGUUGGAGGGCUUUUAUUCAUUGUUCACAACUUAAACAACACCUGAGAAUCCAUAAUGGUGAAAAACGCUAUGAAUGUAAAGAAUGUGGAAAGGCCUUUAAUUACGGCUCAGAACUUAUUCUGCAUCAGAGAAUUCACACUGGUGAAAAACCCUAUGAAUGUAAGGAAUGUGGGAAGGCCUUUAGGCAGCGAUCACAGCUAACUCAACAUCAGAGACUUCAUACUGGUGAAAAACCUUAUGAAUGUAAGCAAUGUGGGAAGGCUUUUAUUCGUGGCUUUCAACUUACUGAACAUCUUCGACUCCAUACUGGUGAGAAACCCUAUGAAUGUAAAGAAUGUGGAAAGACAUUUAGGCAUCGCUCACACCUUACCAUACAUCAGAGAAUUCAUACUGGUGAGAAACCCUACAAGUGUAGAGAAUGUGGAAAGGCCUUUAGCUAUCACUCAAGCUUCUCUCACCAUCAGAAAAUUCAUUCUGGCAAAAAACCUUAUGAAUGUAAUGAAUGUGGGAAGGCCUUUUGUGAUGGCUUACAACUUACUCUACAUCGGAGGAUUCAUACUGGUGAGAAACCCUAUGAAUGCAAGGAAUGCGGGAAGACUUUUAGACAGUGCUCACACCUCAAAAGACAUCAGAGAAUUCAUACUGGUGAGAAACCUCAUGAAUGUAUGAUAUGUGGUAAGGCCUUUAGACUUCAUUCACACCUUAUUCAACAUCAGAGAAUACAUACUGGUGAGAAGCCCUAUGAAUGUAAGGAAUGUGGGAAGGCCUUUAGCUAUCAUUCAAGCUUCUCACACCAUCAGAAAAUUCAUUCUGGGAAGAAACGUUAUGAGUGUGGGAAGGCCUUUAAUCAUGGCUUGCAAUUUAAUCUACAUCAGGCACUUCAUACUGUUGAGAUGCCAGUAAGAUUUCCUCUCCUCUCUCCCCAUCCUACUCUAGCAUCAUGAUAAUAUUUUUAGAAAUACAGGUUUUCCUUUUUGUUUUCAAGGUAAAAGUUGGUAAAAUACUGAAUUUCAUUAAUACGGAUUUAUUUCAGUAAUCCUUGGGGGAAAAAAAAACUUCAAGCGGGAAAAUGGAAAAGUAAUUAACAGGUAAAAUUUUUUAAUUGCUCUGGUUCCAGUGCUGUUUCUGGGUUGUUAUAACACCCAGUAUUGGAGAUAAAUUUUAUAAAACCGUGUUUUUACUGAAACUAGUGAAAUGUGGCAGAAAUAAAAUGAAAACAAUUUCUUCCCCUUUCACAAAUCCCUGAGAUAGCCAAUAUGUGAGUGUUGCUCCAUCCUGCUCAAACAUACCUGCAAAUAUGAAGGGUUUAUUGCAUGUGUGUGGAAGGUUAUACCACUUACAGUGACAUAUUUCAUGGCAAUUUCUUUUUGCACAAAUAAUUGCAAACAUUUUCCCAGGUGAAUACAUAAAGAUCUAACUCAUUUUCUUUCAAGCCUCAGAAUAUUUCUAGUAUGGGAUAUAUAUCUGUAUUUUAAGCCAUUUCCUACUGUAGACAUUCAGUUGUUUCUGUUUUCAUCACAAAUGGUCAUACAAUAAACAUUCUUACAUUGUCAUUCUUUUAUUUCCAUUAUGGAGGGUAGAUUACCAGCCAUGAGAGUGUAUGUAUGUUUUGAUAUUACAUUGAUUUUUUAAUUUUAAAAAUUAGGCAAUAAAAGCACAUGCUACAAAAUUCAGAAGUUACCAAGCAAGUAAAGUAAAAAUUAAAGCUUCCUUAAUAUCUGGUUUUAUAGCCACCUGCUUUACUUACACAGGGUCAACCACAGCUGUCAAUUCUUUUGUAUUCUUCCAGGGAUUAACUUUUUAAAAAAAUUCUUCGGAUGAAAGUAGAUUAAUUAUAAUCUUUUUUUUUUUAAGAUUUUAUUUAUUUGACAGGCAGAGAGAGAGCACAAGCAGGGGGAGCAGCAGGCAGAGGGAGAGGGAGAAGCAGGCUCCCCACUGAGCAGGGAGCCUGAUGCGGGGCUCGAUCCCAGGACCCUGGGAUCAUGACCUGAGCUGAAGGCAGAUGCUUAAUCGACUGAGCCACCCAGGUGCCCCAGUCAUAAUCUUUUAUUCAUGAAAUUCUCAUCAUUGGUCCAAAUUUAGCCCUCUUUCAUUUAUUUUCAAUAUUAUCCAGGGAUUUAUAAACACUGUGCCAACUAUAAAGUUACUGCCUUUCUGCUCCUCAUCCUUCAUUGCCUGCUCUGCAAUAUUGGAACUCUCUCCUUUUGUUUAUAAUAUUAUUUAUUUGAGUCCUCUCUGUCUCUGUGUUUUUGGUUAAGUCAGACAAGCUAGAAGUUUUUCAACUUUGUCUUUUUUUUUUUUUUUAAGAUUUUAUUUAUUUAUUUGACAGAGACAGAGAUAGUGAGAGCAGGAACACAAGCAGCGGGAGUGGGAGAGGGAGAGCAGGCUUCCCGCUGAGCAGGGAGCCCUAUGCGGGGCUCGAUCCCAGGACCCUGGGAUCACGACCUGAGCCAGAGGUAGACGCUUAAUGACUGAGCCACCCAGGCGCCCUCAACUUUGUCUUUAAAAAGGACCAACUCUUGGGCACCUACCAACUCUACGUUUUUAUUGAUCUUUUCUAUUGUCUUUUUUUUUUUUUUAAAGAUUUUAUUUAUUUAUUUGAGACAGAGAGAAUGAGAGACAGAGAGCAUGAGAGGGAGGAGGGUCAGAGGGAGAAGCAGACUCCCUGCCGAGCAGGGAGCCCGAUGCGGGACUUGAUCCAGGGACUCCAGGAUCAUGACCUGAGCCGAAGGCAGUCGCUUAACCAACUGAGCCACCCAGGCGCCCUUUUCUAUUGUCUUUUAAGUCUCUUUCAUUUAUAGCUGCUCUUAGGUUUAUCAUUUCCUUCCUUAUGCAAACUUUGGGCUUAGUUCUUUUUUUCUAGUUCCUUGAGGUGUGAAGUUAGGUACUUAAGUUGUUUUUUUUUUUUUCCCUUAAGGUAGGCUUUUACCUCUGUAAACUCCCCUCUUAGAACUGCAUUUGUUUUAUCCCAUACGUUUAUAUCCAUUUUCAUUUUUCUUAAGAUACUCUUUGGUUUCUGUUUUGAUCCAUUGGUUGUUCAGGAGUGUGUACUCCUGAAAAUAUAUAAUUUUCACAUAUUUGUGAAUUUUCCAGUUUUCCUCCUGUUUGUAGUUUCAAACUAUUGUGGUCAAAAAAGUUACUUGAUAUGAUUUCAGUCUUAAACAUGGUAAGACUUGUCUUAUAGCCUAACAUAUGAUGUAUCCUGGAGAAUGUUGUGUGUGUUCUUGAGAAGAAUGUGUAUUCUGCUGCUGUUGAAUGGAAUGUUCUGUGUAUGUCCAUUAGUUCCAUUUGGUCUAAAGUGUUAUUCAAGUCCACUUUUUCCUUAUUGGUUUUCUGUCUGAAAGAGCUAUCCAUUGUUGAAAGUGGGAUAUUGAAGUUCUCCACUAUCCUUUUAUUGCUUUCUACUUCUCCCUUCAGAUCUGUCAGUAUUUGUUUUAUAUAUUUAAAUGCUCUAAUGUUGAAUGCAUAUAUAUUUAUAAUUGUUAUAUCCUCUUUUUGAAUUGACCACUUAUUAUAUAGCGACCUUUGUCUCCUGACAGAUUUUGACUAAAAGUCUAUUUUUAUUGAUUUAAGCAUAACUACCUCUGCUCUCUUUUGAUUAUCAUUUGCACAGGAUGUCUUUUUUUUUUUUUAAGAUUUUAUUUAUUUGAAAGAGAGAACAAGCAGUGGGGAGGGGCAGAUGGAGAGAGAGAAGCAGACUCCCUGCUGAGCAGGAAGCCCGAUGUGGGGCUCAAUCCCAGGACCACGAGAUCAUGACCUGAGCUGAAGGCAGACACUUAACUGACUGAACCACCCAGGCAUCCCAGAAUAUCUUUUUCUUUCUUUCUUUCUUUCUUUCUUUCUUUCUUUCUUUCUUUCUUUCUUUCUUUCUUUCUUUCUUUCUUUCUUUCUUUCUUUCUUUCUUUCUUUCUUUUUUUAAGGUUUUAUUUAUUUGACAGAGAGACACAGCGAGAGAAGGAACACAAGCAGGGGGAUUGGGAGAGGGAGAAGCAGGCUUCCCACGGAGCAGGGAGUCCGAUGCGGGGCUCGAUCCCAGGACCCUGAGAUCAUGACCUGAGCCGAAGGCAGAUGCCUAAUGACUGAGCCACCCAGGAGCCCCCAGAAUAUCUUUUUCUAUCCUUUCACUUUCAGCCUAUGUGUGUCCUAAAGCUAAAGUGAUUUUCUUUUCUUUCUUUCUUUUUUCUUUUUUUAAGUGAUUUUCUUGUAGACAGCGUACUUUGGGAUCUUUUUUAUUUUUCUUCUUUUUUUUUUUGUCCAGUCAGCUACUUGGUGGCCUUGAUUGAAGAAUUUAAUUCUUUACAGUUAAAGUAAUUAUUGAUAGGUAAGAUCUUAAUAUUGCCAUUUCAUUCAUUGUUUUCUUACUGUAUUGUAGUUCUUUUGUUCCUUUCUUCCUCUUUUGCUGUUUUCCUUUGUGAUUUGAUGAUUUUUUAUUUAUGUUUUUCAAAUUUUUAUUUUUUAUUUUUUUAAAGAUUUUAUUUGGAGCGCCUGCGUGGCUCAGUUGGUUAAGCAUCUGCUUUCCGUUCGGGUCAUGAUCUCAGGGUCCUGGGAUCGAGUCCCAUGUUGGGACUCUGCUCAGCGGAGAAUCUUCUUCCUCUCAAUCUCCCUCUGUAUCCCCUCCACCCCGGCUCUCUCUCAAAUAAAUAAAUGAGACCGAGAUAGCAAGAAAGAGUAAGAGCUGGGGGGAGAGUUUUUAUUUUAUUUUAUUUUAAGUAGGUUCCACCCACAAUGUGGGGAUUGAACUCAUGACCCCACGAUUAAGAGUCACAUGUCCCACCAAAAGAGCCAGCCAGGCGCCCCUGAGGAUUUUUUAAAAUAGAUUCCUUCUCUCUAUCUCAUGUAUCUACUAUAGGUUUUUUCUUUGUGGUUACUAUGAGGCUUAUAUAAAACAUCUUGUAACAGUCUAUUUUAAGCUAAUAACAACUUCAGUUGCAUAAAAAUGCCCUGCUUUUACCCUUGCCCUCCCCCAUUUUAUAUUAAUGAUGCAUUUUAUACCUUUUUAUAUUGCAUAUCAAGAAAUUAUUAUAGCUAGUUAUUUUUAAUAUUUUUUGUUUUUUAACUUUUAUAUUGAAAUGUGACUUAUGCACCACCUUUGCAAUAUUAAAGUAUUCUGAAAUUGACUAUUUAUCUUUACCAGUGAGUUUUAUACUUUCCUAAGAUUUCAUGUUGUUACUUAGUGUCCUUUCAUUUCAACUUGAAUUCCCUUUGGCAUUUCUUUUAACCCAGUUGUAGAGUGGUGAUGAGCUCCCAGUUUUUGUCUUCUUGGAAAUGUCUUAAUCUCAUCUGUGUAGCUUGCAAUAUCCAUCUUAAGUUAUCAAAAUCUACUUUACCUGUGUAUUAACUUAGUUCCAGUGAGAUACAGAAAUGUUACCCAUCGGUAGCUUUAUUUCCACAUCCUCUGUUUCAUGUUGUUAUUUUACAUAUUAUAUCUAUAUAUGUCAUGAACCCAAACUUUACAUAUUUUUGUGUCAACUAAAGGUGCUGAAUAAAUAAGAGGCAAAGUUUAUACUAUAGAGUUUGUUAUAUUAACCUUAUUUACCACUUUUUUUUUUUUAAAGAUUUUAUUUAUUUAUUUGAGACAGAGAGAAUGAGAGAGACAGAGAGCACAUGAGAGGGGGGAGGGUCAGAGGGAGAAGCAGGCCUCUUCGCUGAGCAGGGAGCCCGAUGUGGGACUCUAUCCAGGGACUCCAGGAUCAUGACCUGAGCCGAAGGCAGUCACUUAACCAACUGAGCCACCCAGGCGCCCUUAUUUACCACUUCUAUUUCUCUUUGUUUCUUGUGGAUUCAAGUUACUAUUUAGUGUCAUUUCUUCAUUCUAAUACAACUUUGCUCCACUCAUCUUUGUGCUGUUAUUAUUUAAUAUAGUAUAUUUCUAUAUGUUCUAGGCCUAACAAUACAGUUAUAUUGUAUACAAUUUUAUAAGUAUUGUAUAGUAUAAGCCCUAACAGUUUUCCUUCUUUAAUAAUGCAAGUGCCUGACUUAAACCAAGGCAUCCAUUUCAAAGAGGCAUCCACUUCAAAGAUGGCUAUUUCAAACACUUGCCAGCCACAUGACUAGAUAAAGAGCCAGGCCUCCUCUCUUCCAGGGCUUUUUUGUUUUAGAGAUCUUGGUUGAUUUCAACAACUGACCAUUUGGGCUGCUUGUUUUUUUUUCUCUUCCUUCACAUUAAAUUCCUACUCUUAUGUUCUAACUUCAUCAGUAAAUAGUAAGCCCACAAAACCCUAGGCCCCCCACAACCCCAAUAAAAGUAGAACCCUGGGCG